AUUUGAACGCCUUACGGACAUGAAUGGCCGCCAUUUCUAGAAUAUUGAGAUUUGACCCCACUUAUGGGAGUUUUUUCUCGAUAAAAAUACUCGUAGGCUCCUUAAAGUUUGUCGGGUCCGAAAAACAACACACUAUAUAAUCCUGCUUAUUGACCGUUUCAGAAGUAGCAAAGAUGUGUCUCCUCAACCCUCAGAGGGGCCCUUGCAGGGCCGGCCUCCAGAUGCACUACUUCAACGCCAAGGACAUGAACUGCGCCUCCACAUUCACGUGGGGGGGGUGCCAGGGGAACGGCAACCGGUUUGAUACAGAGGAAGAGUGCGAAGAGCAGUGCUUCCGGGCUAGAUAUAGUUUGUUCUGUCUAUGUAUAUUCUAUUCUGGGGAGGAGCGCCCAGAGCACUGUCUUCUGAACUUUGAUUACGGACGUUGCUUCGGUGAAAUCAAGCGAUGGUACUACGACAGGGUGUAUGGAGAUUGCAAGGAAACCAUGUACUCUGGGUGCGGUGGCAACGCCAACCGAUUCGGCAGUAAGGCUGAAGUAAGUUUCUUCAUAACUAAACACAGCAAUAUUAAAAUUAAGUGUAUUUAGAAAGUUGAAUGAGUAUUGCUGUGCGUAAUU